AUAAGGUGUCCUUGGAUAGCUUUUGAAGUCUAUUUUUAUAAUUGAGUGGCCACAGUUCGAGAGGAGAGAGCAAUCAUCCAAAAAUCGAUCUGGAACGAGCAGAGGUCUGUGAACUCGAGCUGUGAGAGUGCUGAGACUGUUUGGUUGAUAUCUCGAGUUAUACCAAUCCAAUUAAGGCGUGUGAGAUACCAAAAGAAAGCUCUCAAGACGAGGAAUCCGUGAAGGUCUGGUUUGCAUCAAUCGGAGUAGAGGAAGGCUUCCAAAUCGUCCGAGCAGAACGCGACCUCGCAGAAACGGAUUUACUCUUCUAAGAAUCGAGUUAGCCGGAAAACACCCGUUCUAGGGGCUGUUUUCGUAUCAACGAUUAGGGGUUGAAAUAGCAACUUGAGGAGGCUGUUUAACACCCAUUUUCAAGCAAGGAACUAGUUCUCAAUCUUCCUUGGCCGAGGCUUUGGUCAUUGGAUCGAGAAGGAAGGUUUUAAAGCUCAUUUGAGGUGAGGACCGACAUCUAGUUGCUUACAACUUGUAGGUUAUGCAUGAGAUUACCUAAAUGCUCAAAUUAUGUUUUCCAUGGAUUAUGAUGAUAAAUUAUUGAUGAAAUAUUGAUCUACUUUCCAAAGAAUGAAAUGAGAAAUGAUUUGGUAAAGUAUUGAUAAAAAUGGGAUUAAGUGAACUAUUGUGUGAAAUAGUCAUUUUAUCCAUGUGUGAAUUGUGUAGAUACAUAAAUGAUUAUUUAUGUAUUGCAUUGAAUGAUUAAGUUGCUGCUACAUAUCUCUAAAUAUGUAGGGUUAUACAAAUGGAAUAUAUGAUGGAUAAGAAUAAUCUUAAUAGUAUUGAAAUACUAGUUAAUGAUUGUUGUAAUUGUUAAGGGAAUUGAAUCUAAGGAUUUGAUUAUAAUUGAUGUACUUGAUUGUGAUGCAAGUGACAAAUUUGAUGUAAUGUGAUGCUAAGACCAUGGUUGGGCAGUCCGUAGGGAUGCCCCAAAAUAGAUUAUUGAUAUUACAAUUCUAGGCAUAGUGAGUGCUUAGGAAUUGGGGUCUAUGCCAAUGUAAGGAGAUGUACUUGAGCCCGUGCUCAUAGAAUUGCAUUGGGUAGACAUGAUGAGGUGAUUGUUGUGCAUGGUGAUGUAGUUGAGUUGGACUCAAGAAAUGCACGGUGGAGUAGUUAGCUUAUGUUAAUUAAGGUGCAUGGUGAUGUAGUCGAGUUGGACUCGAGAAAUGCACGGUGGAGUAGUUAGCUUAUGUUAAUUAAGGUGCAUGGUGAUGUAGUCGAGUUGGACUCGAGAAUGCAAACAUAUGUGUUAGGGUUGAACCCUAUGUAUCGUUGUGACUAGGGGUCACGGGAUUUUGGAAAAUGUUUUAUAACAAACAUGGGCCUUUGAGCCGGCUACUUGACUUUAUAUAAAGUAAGUAUAUAUUUUGAAAGGGGUAAUUUGAGAUUACGGCCUAUAUUAUAUUAUCACCCUAUUUGAGGGUCUUGUGUGUGAAAUACUUGUUGUAUAUCUAUUAGAUGCCUGCCACACCAGCACUUUAUAGCCCUAUAGAGUGCUGACCCCUUCGGGGGCGUCCCACCACCAUUUUUCAGGUUGAGGCUAGAGCUUGCUUCCUGUGCUCGUUGCUCGAGAGAUCAUAUAGGAGGGAAGACUUGGUUCGUGCUUCCUCCAUUCUGUUUUCAAACACUAAUAAACAUGCUCAUGGAUAUUUUACUAUAGAGCCUGCGUGCUCAUGAAUAGCCACGUGUGGCCCUUUUGUUUUAAACAAUGUUUUCCGCUGCGUUAUGAAUUACUUAUUAUGUUUGUUUAUGGAUGUACAUGUGUGAAUGAUAUUCAAGACGCCUUGUAUAAUAUGAAUGUGUUGGACUGCGGUUGACUAUUCGUAUUGUACGGCGGGUUGUUGACGUGUCCGGAUAGGUCCGGGGCGUGACAAUUAAGUUGGUAUCAGAGCCUUAGUCCAUAAACUUCAUAAUGAAGUCUCAAAAUUCUCUUUUUGAAAAGAUUUUGAAAACCAUGAGCAUAGAAGUUUUGUACUUGGAGAGCUUUUGGUACUUGGGUUGCAAGGUCUCUAAUUGUUAAGAUGGUACCCUUAGCAAUUGGUAUGGCGGUGACUCGAGCCAAAAUGUGUCUUAAGUACCUAUCCGUCAAUUGACAUUUGAUACGAGUCUAACGACUCUUUCCGAAUUUCUUUCAGAAAUGGACGGUGGUGGCAGGAUUACUAGGAGAAACCCGACCGGCCGUGUACCAGUGGAGACUGGACAGGGCAGUCGAAGGACCUCUAGAGCAUCUAGAGGAGCUGGCCGUGGAGGCCGAUCACAGACCGUGAGUGACGGUCAUGUUGACACAGAAAGUGAAACCUACUGGUCCUAUGAGGACUCGACUUACCAACCGGAAACUGAGCCGGUUGAGACCCCUUACGAAGGGGAUGACGAUGAUGUAAGUGAUGAAGAGGGGGAGAAUGACUCCCUAGCAAAAAUUGAGGCGCUGCUCCAACAAUAUCAACGGGAGCGCGAGGAAAGGAGGGAACGCCGAAGGCGCCGGGGAGGGCGAAUUUCGGGUGAGGCUUCAAGAGGAAGAAGCCAUGGCGAUUCUCGGGCCCAUGUUGAACCACAUGGGGGCCGGGGUGAUGGAGGUCCAAUCAUAAGGAUCUCCAAGUACAUCAAAGAGGCACGAGAUUUGGGGUGCAAACCCUUCAACGGAGCAGGCGACAUCUCCGUCGCCGCGGAAUGGAUCAAGAGGUUGAACGAGGCAGCCCUUGAUAUGCAACUCACCCCCGAAUUUAAACUAAGGGUGGCGGUGAGAUUGCUUGAAGGUAUGGCAUCCACAUGGUGGGACGGAGUCAAGGGAAAGUAUGGCAAUACCGUGACUUGGGAGAAUUUCCGACAGGAGUUCUUUGCCCAAUACUAUUCUGAUUUUGAGGUGAACGCUAAGAGGAGAGAGUAUACCCUCCUGACCCAAGGAGGCAAAAUGACGGUGAGGCAACUUGAACACAAAUUCAGGGAGCUCGCGGAGUUCAUACCGGAGUAUGUCUGUGACGAGAACCGGAUGGUAAAUCACUUCUGGGAUGCCUUAGACUUGGAGGUGCGUGAGAGGGCAACACAGUUGCCUAACAUGACCUUUAGCCAAGUGGUUGAGCAGGGAUUGAAAGGGGAGAAGGAAUGGGAAGAAAGAAAGUUGAAGAACGCCGAAGAGGCGAAGAAGAGGAAGUGGGAGAACCAUGGACCUCAGGGUCCUAAUAAAAAGGGGAACCAUGGGGGAGGAGGAUCCUUUCGGACACUCCCACUGCCAUCUAGGGGAAGUCAAGGCCCGGGCGGGCAAUCGCAGGCCUCGGGGGUGACUCGUUGCAAGAAUUGCAAGAGGAACCACCCGGGGAAAUGUCGUGACCCUCCUAGAUGCUACCAAUGCGGGAGCACCGGGCACAUGAAGAUGAGUUGCCCACAACUGGGCGGAACGAGGGCAUCAGGACCAAGUAGCGGGACUAUGGGGACAAGGAACCAAGCCGGGGGUUCCCAAGUAACCAGGGGGCAAGGGGGAGCAAGCGCGAGCAACGCGCCAUCCGUGAACCAAGGAAGGACCCAGGCUAGGGUCUACGCGAUGACGGAGGCGGAUGCUCAAGCUAACCCGGAUUCCGUUGCAGGUAUUGCCUCUCGUAUACUAGUGUUUUAUCCUUAAUUAGUCCAUAAAUUGAGGUUACUAAUUGUUAGGAUCAUUGCACGAAGCUUUGGGGUCGAACCGGGAAGGUUUAGGACCAUUUCAGGCUGUUUUCGCC